AGCAUCUGCGUGCGAAUGUACUUGCACAGGAUUUGGCCUACGUCACUCUUGCACACCUAUCUUAGGCACAUUACCUGAUGUUCUGAUGGAUUUUGGUUUCCUCGAGGUUAUAUUUAAUAAGGGAGAAUUACUGAUGCUCAGAACAUCUCAAGACAGGCAGCACACAUCUGGACAUAUUUUCAGUUUGCUACAGUGGAUGAUCCUUACUGACUAAAAGCAGCACAAAUAUUCCCUGCACCCAGCUAUACCAUCUGAUUCUCCAUCUGAUUUAGAAAGUACUAUUCCUGCAGGAUUUCCUAUCUUUGUGCAAACAUGGAAGCCCAACAGAACAAGCUUGAAUUCUUCUAUAAGCUGGGCUAUGGCAAGAAGGAGGUGUGCGAAGUGCUGGAGAAAUUAGGUCAAGAGGCUUCGGAGAAUGAUUUGCUUCAAGAAUUGAUUCUCAUGGGGAAAAGACCUCCAGAGAGUGGGACCCAAUAUUUUCAGCCCAAUCUUGCUGCUCAAGGAGUACCCCUUCCAUUUCCCCAGGGCUCUACUGAGGAACCAAGUGAGGUGUCUGAUGAUUUGAGGCCUAUUGUAAUCGAUGGGAGCAACGUUGCAAUGAGUCAUGGAAACAAAGAAGUAUUUUCAUGCUUAGGAAUUCAGUUGGUGGUAGACUGGUUCAAACAAAGAGGUCACCAGUACAUCAAAGUUUUCGUUCCAUCUUGGAGAAAGGAACAGUCUCGAUUUGAUACCCCCGUUACAGAUCCACAUAUCCUUGAAAGCUUGGCCAAGCAAGCAAUUCUCAUCUACACACCAUCCCGCAAAAUAAAGGGCAAAAGAAUGAUGUGCUAUGAUGAUCGCUACAUUGUUAAAUUGGCCUAUGAGCAAGACGGGGUCAUUGUUUCCAAUGACAACUUUCGAGAUCUGCAGAAUGAAAACCCUGAGUGGAAAUGGUUCAUUGAGCAGCGACUGCUCAUGUAUUCUUUCGUCAAUGACAAAUUCAUGCCACCUGAUGAUCCUUUGGGCCGAUAUGGACCUUCUCUGGACAAUUUUCUAAGCAAAAAACCUCUUUUCCCUGAAUCAAAAUGGCAGCUCUGUCCUUACGGCAAAAAAUGCACAUAUGGCAUCAAAUGCAAAUUUUAUCACCCAGAAAGACUGAACUGGGACUAUCUCUCUGUAGCUGAUGAACUCCGGGUCAAAGCAAAAACCUACUCAUCCAGUCAGAAGACUGAAGACCUCACGAAGAGUGGACAUCCAUCAUCUCUAUAUACUCAUAAAAGUGCUAUUAACAGGAGCAGCACAGCAUUCAGCUCAGAAGUAGUUCACACUAGUAUCCCACAACAGAUAGGAGAGUACCAGGUGGAUUCAGCUAACAAUUGGAUAAACAUGUAUCAGGACAGCCAUCAGGUCCCAUUAACUUUAUUACAACAUGGUCAAACUGCACAUGCAGCAACGGUAUCUGAACAAUUCACAGCAUCUUCUCUAACUGCCAGGACUUAUUCUGGAAAUACACUUGGAGGAUCUGUAAAAUAUGAAGCCUUAGUAGGUGAGCCUUCUAGGGGCCAUUAUCUCAGGUACAGCCAGGGUCCACUUUUGUCUCAUCAUAACCGGUGCCUGGACUGUCCAUGUUUAGAAAUGUGUAACAUCCAGGGAUGUUGUAGAAAACAGGCAUCAGCAAUACAAGCCUUACAAGCACCUUCCUUUUUAGCAAGACAGAACUCAAAGGAAGAACAGGAUUCUAUAGAUUCUUCAGCAGAGGUAUUUUUAUAUAGCAAGUAUGGGGAGAUGGGUCACAUUGGACAUUUGCAAGCCAGACCUUAUGACCAACUAUUUUUGUUAAAUUCCAACUCACUCAUAAGGCACAGUUGUCCUUCUGGUGUGGAGUCUCAGCAGAAUUUGGCUCAAACUCCAUUUUCUCAAGAGCAAGCAAAUGUCCAGCAACCCCUAAGGUUCCCAUAUUUUCAGGAAAACCAAGCCUUAAUGUCAUCCAACACAGACAUAAUGAGAAAUUUUAUACCAUUAGCUAGGAAGCAUGGGAAUCUGCAUAGUAGGUUCCCUAAUAGGAAACCGUGGUAAAGGUUUUCUCAUGUCUUCUUUACACAAGGUACAUUCAACUUCAGUAAAUCAAUACACACACACACAAGCACACACAAAAUUUAUGUUUUUCUGGUUUCAAACAUCUGUCCUAUUUUGCCAUCCUCAAAAACAUCCAAAGUUUCAAUCCGUUAAGCCAAUUUAUAUUCUUAUUUGGAUCCUUCCUAUAUGCACUUCCCACAAACAUCCUCUUAGAUGGCUUUAGCUUCAUAUGUUUCUACCGUAUUUAAACAUUCCCCAACAAUUUAUUCUUUUAUCAAAC